GUCUCCCUCGAGAGCACUAGAGCCUCCGAACCCGAGAGAAGGUGCGCUCCGCUGGGACAGAGGAAGCAUAAAGAGACGGGGAGGGAGGGAAUGAGAUUUCUUGCUACCCAAUCCCCCUUUUCCCCUGGGAGAGCAAGCCUUCCAUGGUCCGUCCCUCCCUCUUGUUUGGUAAUCAUUUCAUUUUACUCCUUUUUGAAGCAGUCGCUUGUUUUAUCCCACUUUUCAUUUCACAAUCCCGUGCGCGUAUGUUCGCCUUCUUCUGAUCAACUUCGGCAUCUCCCCUCUCUUUACUCACAACGAAAAGGUAUCCUAGAUCCCGGCUGAUUCUUCUCCUUCGAGAUGCUUAACUGUUCUAGCGCUCACCCUCUCUCCACCCUCUUUUAACUUGAGACCGGUUAAGCUUGAGCGAACUGAACUGGGGUUGGAAUUAAAAAUAAAGCGGAAAAACCCAAAGGGAUACGACGCUCGUCUUUGGAUAAGGACCGCUAUCGCUUUCCCCCUUGUUGCACUUUGGGGAAGAUUCUUCCCUUUUCAGUUGCUCGUCGUUAAUCCAGGUGGCCUUGUGAGUUGGUUAAGAGAGAGUUCCCAGAAGGUUACUUUCAUGUUCUCCAUCCAGGACAGCCUCCCGCGGGGAGCCUUGACCAUGAAAGAGGAACCGCUCACGAGUGGCAUGACACCGGUCCGCUCUUGGAUGCAGAGCGCGGGGAUAUUGGACGCGAACACAGCAGCACAAAGCGGUGUAGGUCUGGCCCGGGCUCACUAUGAAAAACAGCCCCCCUCGAACCUACGCAAAUCCAACUUCUUCCACUUCGUGUUGGCGCUGUACGACCGACAGGGCCAGCCCGUGGAGAUCGAGAGAACCUCUUACAUAGACUUUGUGGAGAAAGACAAAGAGUACAAUGGAGAGAAGACCAACAACGGCAUCCAUUACAGGCUACAGCUCCUGUACAGUAACGGCAUCAGGACAGAACAAGAUCUGUUUGUACGGCUAAUAGACUCCAUGACCAAACAGGCAAUCCUCUACGAGGGCCAGGACAAAAACCCAGAGAUGUGCCGUGUCCUUCUCACCCACGAGAUCAUGUGCAGUCGUUGUUGUGACAAGAAGAGCUGUGGAAACCGCAACGAGACGCCCUCCGACCCAGUCAUCAUUGACAGAUUCUUCCUGAAGUUCUUCCUCAAGUGCAAUCAGAAUUGUUUGAAAAAUGCAGGGAACCCACGAGACAUGAGAAGGUUUCAGGUGGUGGUCUCCACUACGGUGAACGUGGACGGCCAUGUCCUUGCUGUCUCCGACAACAUGUUUGUCCACAACAACUCCAAACAUGGCAGGAGGGCCCGACGCCUGGACCCCUCUGAAGCAGCUACGCCCUGCAUCAAAGCCAUCAGCCCGAGUGAGGGGUGGACGACCGGGGGAGCCACUGUCAUCAUCAUCGGAGACAACUUCUUUGACGGACUGCAGGUGGUCUUCGGUACUAUGCUGGUCUGGAGUGAGCUAAUCACGCCCCACGCCAUCCGGGUCCAGACGCCCCCUCGCCACAUCCCAGGGGUCGUGGAGGUCACGCUCUCUUACAAAUCCAAGCAGUUCUGCAAAGGGGCGCCAGGACGCUUUGUCUACACCGCCUUGAAUGAGCCCACCAUCGACUACGGCUUCCAGAGGCUACAGAAGGUCAUCCCCAGACACCCAGGGGAUCCCGAGAGGUUACCUAAGGAAGUGCUGUUAAAGCGAUCAGCAGACUUAGUAGAAGCCCUGUACGGAAUGCCCCACAAUAACCAGGAGAUCAUUCUGAAGCGGGCAGCUGACCUGACCGAGGCCCUGUACAGUGUCCCCCGCAGCCACAACCAGCUGCCUUCGCUUAGCGGCUCGGCCGCUCACUCCGGCAUGAUGGGAGUCAACUCCUUCAGCAGCCAGCUGGCCGUCAACAUCUCCGAGGCCUCGCAGGGGGACCAGGGUUACUCCCGUAACUCCAACAGCGUAUCGCCCCGUGGCUACGUCCCCAGCUCCACGCCCCAGCAGUCCAACUAUAACACCAUCACGUCCACCAUGAACGGCUACGGAGCGGGCAUGACCAACCUCGGGGUGCCAGGCUCACCCAGCUUCCUCAACGGCUCCGCUGCCAACUCCCCCUACGCAAGAUCUACCACCUCCCCCUCCUCCUCCUACUCCUCCUCCUCUUCCUCCAUCCCUCUGUUCUCCGGUGGACCCAUAGGCCCUUAUUCAUUCUCUCCUGUCCAUAUGAUCUCUGCAGUCAAACAGAAGAGCGCCUUCGCCCCUGUCGUGCGGCCACAGACCUCCCCGCCCCCCACCUGCACCACCACCAAUGGCAGCAGCCUCCAGGCCAUGGCAGGUCUAAUAGUCCCACCUAUGUGAAGAGGGCCCACUGCCAGAUUGACCACAUCUCCACUAGCUCACAGAAUCUCUACAGCAUCAGCUUAAAUCUCAUCAACCUCCAAAACAGGACCAUCAAGCCUCUUCACUCCUGGGAACAGAACAACAAAGAAAAUCCAAGUAACCAGAAAACCCCUAAAAUGACGCUAGAUUAUCUUUGUGUUGGUUCAGUAGUUGACUUCAUCGUCACUUUCUGUGUUUUGCAUUUUGGGACUUGUAAGCCAUUCCUUGCCCAACAGGUAGCAUUUCCACAUAGAUAUGUAUGAAGGGUUAACUAAUCUGAAAAUAUAGCAAUGUGAAUAACAAACUGUGGUUUUGAAAGGCAGGUAGUUACUCCUUGUCGUGUAAGCAUUGUCCGGCGUCCUACAAGGUUCAUUUGCAUGUCGGGACAACUAUUUUGACUGGAUCUUCUAAUGAACCUAGUUCGUUGUCAGUCAUAUAACCACUGUGAGCAGGUAGAGUCUAAAGGCCUACAGUUCAAAACGGUCAACUAUGGAAAAAGUGCAGAAGCCAUGAAUAUCCAACACUCUGUCAAUUGUCCGACUCAAAAUCGGCGGGAGUUUCAAUGAGAAUUCCCCACAAUGUCUAUAAAAAAAUCGGCUUCAAAAAGACAACUGAUAUCUAAUGUCGUAGUCUUUUAGCAUUUUAAUUUGUGUACCAUAGCUUUUAAUAAUGUGCGUUUAUCAUAUCUGAAGGAAAAUGCAGUAAUUUUCUAAUCUAACGAAAGGGUUGGCAAACAUUCUGGCUAGGAGCAAAUAGCAAAUGUUGUACUAAACCGCCCGAGGUUUUGAGGUUAAAGGGUUUUAGAUGUCUACCAUUUUUAAAACAUAGUACAAUAGAUAUAUUUCCGGGUGUGUUGAUUGGUAGAUUUUAACCAGAAAUGCUUGCAGCAGUUUUAAUCACAUUUAGGUACCAGAUUUCUUGUUAUUCUUCUGAUUGUGCUUAUUUUGUAUGUAUUUAUAAAGUAUGUUUUGGGAUUCCUUUUGUGAUUUAGGCCUGAAUGAUAGUCUUAAAUAUAUAUGUAAACACAUUUGAUGUCUUAAUACCUUUUAGAUAUUGUAAAAAGAUUGAAAAAGGAGAGGAACAACCCUUUUGUAAAAACGAAAAAAGUCAAACAUGACAUGGUCACCCUGUCUUUUAAAGCAGGAUAUACGCCCCACCACUUUUGUAUAAAAAUGGUUUUCCGAUACUAUAUUUAACUUUUUUUUUGUAUACAGCAUUUGUGUUUUCGCCAGUUCUCCUUGUCUUUUGUGUAUUAUUGUGAAAUGUGUAUUAUCAUGGUUAUUUCUUAAUGCACUAUUUUAGUUGGGGCACUUACAAGAGCAAUGCAUCUUAGCAAGCAAGAAAAAAAUAGAAAAAAGGAAAACAAUUACAGAAAAUGGAGAUAAAAAAAAAUACAAAAGACAAAGGCUAGUACAAAUAUGCACCAAGAUGAUUUUUUUUGUUGUAGCCAUUCUUCGAUUCACAUUUUUGUCAGUGUGGCUAAAAUGGCAAGGUUGUUUUCAUGUGAAUUUCUCUUUUUCAAAAACACUUCCAUCCUAAUCCUCCAUACUCCUUACUUCAAAUUUUAGGCGUAUCCAUUUUUUUUCGUUCAUUGGUUACAAUUCAACUCCUUUCCCAUCUUAACUACGGACCCAAGCCUAUUCCUUGUGUUUUGGUGAUAAUGAAUGUAAUACACAUGCCUGAAUCAGCAGCGAGGUUGAAACUCAAGUACACCCUCCAAUAACUGCUGUGGAGGGACCACUCAAGUGUAGGGUUCACCGAUCUCAAGGAACCUUCCAUUGAUGUCAGUGUUGUCGGUGGUGUUAUUGUCGUUGCACACAAUCUGUAUCAUGUACUUAUGCAAUGUGUAUUUCCUGUAAAGCAAGCUAUCGCUCCACAUUUCAGUGGAAAUGGUUUUGAAACGUAAAAGAACACAAGACAUAAUUGAUGCCUUACAAUAGAACACGCUCCAAUACAAUGCAUUUUCAUUAUUUUGAUACUCUUAAUUGAAGUGUGGUCUUAGAAUACAACUUUUUUUUUUUUUUAAAUAGAGUUAUGCUGUUGCAGAUUUAUUUAUUCCUUAUUUUUACCAGGUGAGUUGACUGAGAAUACGUUCUCAUUUACAGCAACGCCCUGGGGGAAAGUUACAAAACAUAGCAGAAAUAAAUAGAUGUCUAAGAAUUAGUUACAGUUGUCCUUCAUUUGAUGGUUUUGAAUGAUCAUUUGAGCUGCAGUGGAUGUAGUUUAAACUAGGAUAUGUUGAACGAUACAUCCUCCAAAUUUCCACAUAGCCCGUGUCACAUAAUGAUAGUGGGACAAUAGGUCACAAAAAUCAAUGAUGCGUCUGAUUAAACCUUUGAUUUUAUGCUAAUUCUGUGCAGUGAUUGACAUAAAUCGGCUAUCAUCGGGUGGCAUCAACAUGUAGUGUGGGCUUGUGAAGAAAAGAAAAAAAGUGAAGGGAAAAUCUGUUGCACCACUUUGAGAGAGCCAUUUUUCAAUUACGCGAGUCAAGGCCAGCUCAUAGAAUGUCAUCUGAAUUCAAUAUUAUGGACUUCUAAACCCAUUUUCAAUGAAAACACACGUUUUCUCUUCGAGUUAAAUCUUGGCUGACUUCUCACAAUCCUCCCCCUCACCCCCAUGUGUCCAUUCCAUCCCUAUACUGAGUUUUCAAAUAGCUUGCAAAAUAUUUUUUGUUUGUUUGUUAUAGUUGUAGAAAGCUUGCUUUUUGCUGCCCUGGUUUUCUGCAGAGGUUUUUUUCAAUUGCAAAGUGUACUUUCUCAAUGUUUUAUUCAAUAUGAAAAGGGGAGAGGUACUGCAUCUUUGUCAAAUAUGAAAUGUACCAUCAAAGUAUACUCUAUCAAAGCACAAUGUUUAAUUAAUGUCUCUAAAAUACAAAAGGGGGGUAUCCCCCCCGCUUUUCCUUUUCUGUCUUUGACCAUGCUGUAAAUAGAUGCAUGUUUUUUUUCUGUGAUCCAGUGCUUUUUUGUACAGAAACAGACUAAUAAAGAAUACAUUUGGCUUGAAAA